AUGGCUCCUUCAAAGUGGGAUGAAGAGGAGGAGGAGAGUGUUGCGCCUCCCGUUGUUGCCCCCCGCCGCAGAUUUGACGAUGAGGAAGACGAGGAUGUCCUCGACUCCUGGGACGCCGCUGAUGAUUCUGAGGCGGAGCGCGAGAAGGCAAAGAAGGCCGCUGAGGCUGUGGCCAAGGCCAAGGCUGCCGCUGCUGCCAACAAGAAGACCAAGGCGCAACGGAUCGAAGAGCACCAGGAACAGCGCCGGCAAGAAGCAGACGAGGAUUCCGAGUUCGAAGACGAGACUGAAGCCGAGCGUCGUGAGCGCCUGCGCCGCACCGAGCAGGACGCCGACCUGCAGCACGCCUCGGACCUUUUCGCCGACAUCGAUAUGAACCGCAACCGCGGCGCCCCCAAGGCCGUCGUCAUUACCGAUAGCGCCAACCCCACCAACUCCAUUGAUCUGUCCUCGAUGCCGCUGUUCAAGCCCACCACCAAGGAUCAGUUCGCCCAUCUAUCCGACGUUCUCAUCCCGAUGCUCACCCCGCAGUCCAAGAAGCCCCAGUACGCGAUCUGGGCCCAGGACUUCAUUCGCAGACUUGUCAAGGAGCUGCCCAGCUCGGACAUUAAGAAGAUUGCUAGCGCUCUGACCACCGCCAGCAACGAGAAAAUGCGCGAGGAGCGUGCUGCUGACAAGGGCAGCAAGAAGACCAAGGCUGCUAAGACCAAGGUCUCGCUCGUUGCCAGCCGUGACAACCAGAUGGACAACACCUCCUACGGUGAGGAUGAUCUCGGCGAUGAUGACUUCAUGUGA